AUGGCACAAGAGCGUCUACGGCGUGGUGGCGUGAAGCAUGCUAUUGUUAUGAGAGGGAGCAGGCAACGAAGGUGGAUUAAGUUGCUUAAAGAUUUUGAUUGUUCAAUUGAGUACCACCCAGGUAAAGCUAAUGUCGUAGCUAACGCACUGAGCUGUAGAAUUGUCUCUGAUUUAAGAGCAAUGUUUGCUCGUUUUAGCUUGUACGAUGAUGGUAGCGUGUUAGCGGAACUACAAGUGAGACCGACUUGUAUUGAGAAAAUUAAGGAGAAACAGUUAAGGGAUGAGUCGCUGGAUUCUGAUUUGAGGCAAUCUAUUCUGCGAGAGGCACCUGGUAAUCCUUAUGCCAUGCAUCCUAGUGGGAACAAGUUAUACCAAGAUCUUCGUGAGUUGUAUUGGUGGCCUGGGUUAAAGCUCGAAGUUAUCGAUUAUGUGAGUAAAUGCUUGACAUGCCAGCAGGUUAAGGCUGAGCAUCAAUUACCUUCUCGGUUAUUGCAGCAUGUUAAGAUCCCACUUUGGAAGGGCAGCUGGGAGGAUUAUUUGCCGUUGGCAGAAUUUACGUAUAACGACAGCUACCAGUCUAGUAUUCGAAUGGCAUCGUACGAAGCGUUAUAUGGUCAUAGGUGUCGUACUCCUACUUGUUGGACUGAACUGGGUGAGCGACGAAUCCUAGGGCCGGAGCUAGUUGCUGAUACAGAAGACAAGGUAAAGCUGAUUCGAGAUCGGUUGAAAGAAGCGUUUCAUAGGCAGAAGUCCUAUGCGGAUUUAAAGCGUAAAGAGAUCGAGUACUCUGUGGGGGAUUAUGUUUUUCUGAAGCUUGAAUUGCCUCCAGAGCUGGAUAGAAUUCAUGACGUGUUUUAUGUUUCAAUGCUUAGGCGGUACCAUUCUGAUCCCUCGCACGUCAUGCCAAUUGAGGAAAUUGAAGUUAGGCCUGAUCUAACCAUUGAAGAAGAACCAGUUGAGAUAUUGGAGCGUGAUAUUAAAGUAUUGAGAAAGAAGUAUGUUCCACUUGUCAAAGUGCUUUUGCACUAUCACGGCGUAGAGGAGGCCACGUGGGAACUAGAAGAGACGAUAUGA